GUCAUCGAGGCCGAGCUUCGCUCCACCAAGCGCUGGGAGCUCACUGCGGAGGGGGACGAGAUGGCCCGGGAGGGCAGCCACGAGGCCCGUGUGUUCCACGCCAUCCCCCGCGAGGGCCUGGCCCAGAGCGAGCUCAUGCGACUGCCCAGUGGCAAAGUGGGUUUCAGCAAGGCCAUGUCCAACAAGUGGAUCCGCGUGGACAAGAGCGCGGCCGACGGGCCCCGCGUGUUCCGAGCGGUGGACAGCGUGGAGGACGAGGUGCAGCGCAGGCUCCGGCUGGUGCAGGGGGGACAGGCCGAGAAGCUGGGCGAGAAGGAGCGGAGCGAGCUCAGGAAGAGGAAACUGCUGACGGAAGUGACCCUGAAGACCUACUGGGUGAGCAAAGGUAGCGCCUUCAGCACCAGUGUCUCCAAGCAGGACACGGAGCUGAGCCCAGAGAUGAUCUCCAGUGGCUCCUGGCGGGACCGACCCUUCAAGCCCUACAACUUCCUGGCCCGCGGCGUCCCCCCAGACUGCGGCCACCUGCACCCCCUGCUCAAGGUCCGCUCCCAGUUCCGACAGAUCUUCCUGGAGAUGGGGUUCACCGAGAUGCCGACGGACAACUUCAUCGAGAGCUCCUUCUGGAACUUCGACGCGCUCUUCCAGCCCCAGCAGCACCCCGCGCGGGACCAGCACGACACCUUCUUCCUGCGAGAUCCAGCUGAGGCCCUGCAGCUGCCGAUGGACUACGUGCAGCGGGUCAAGCGGACCCACUCUCAGGGCGGCUACGGCUCGCAGGGGUACAAGUACACCUGGAAGCUGGACGAGGCCCGCAAGAACCUGCUGCGCACGCACACCACGGCGGCCAGCGCCCGCGCCCUCCACCGCCUGGCGCAGAAGAAGCCCUUCACGCCCGCCAAGUACUUCUCCAUCGACCGCGUGUUCCGGAACGAGACCCUGGACGCCACGCACCUGGCGGAGUUCCACCAGAUCGAGGGUGUCGUGGCUGACCACGGCCUCACCCUGGGCCACCUGAUGGGCGUCCUCCGGGAGUUCUUCACCAAGCUGGGCAUCACCCAGCUGCGCUUCAAGCCGGCCUACAACCCCUACACGGAGCCCAGCAUGGAGGUGUUCAGCUACCACCAAGGCCUGAAGAAGUGGGUGGAGGUCGGGAAUUCCGGGGUGUUCCGCCCCGAGAUGCUGCUGCCUAUGGGGCUCCCCGAGAAUGUGUCCGUCAUUGCCUGGGGCCUCUCCCUGGAGCGCCCGACGAUGAUCAAAUACGGCAUCAACAACAUCCGUGAACUCGUGGGGCACAAGGUGAACCUGCAGAUGGUGUACGACAGUCCCCUGUGCCGCCUGGACGCAGAGCCCGCGGCCCCGCGCACACAGGAGGCUGCGUGACCUGGGCCGUCCCGGGCCAGCCCGGCCCCCUCGCAUCCCUCGCCGGUGACCCCCCUGUAUUUAUGAGGCCUCUGUGAGGCCACACAUGCAAUCCCCAGUCGGAAUCUCCUCCUCCCCGCCCAUCCUGGAACCAGAGUCCUAGGGGCCUGGGAGCAGCAGGUCCCCCGUGGUCUGUCACCUCCGAGGGGAGCCUUGCAGGCCGGUCACUGUCUAAUAAAGCGGGCAGCAGCCCUGUCACCUCU